GUGGUCGGCUAGUGAUCUUGACAGAAUCACUGGAAAGAAAACAAACAAGUGCGUGCCAUGCAUUGAUACACUCCAGCCUUUUAUGCAAAUUUUAUUCGGCCGCAAUUAUCACAGAGAUAAACAUAGUCUUCUGCGAGAGCAAUUAGUCUUCUGAGCAAGCGAAAAACCACCGGCGUGUUACGGCACCGGCAUAGAGCAUUUUCCACGGUAGUUGAGCAAAACACAUUACUAUUGGCGCAAAAAUGAAGAUGAUUCCAACAGAUCAGGAUGAUGUAGUGUUCAAAGAGCUACCAUACAGACAGAAAGCCAAGAGGAUCAUAAUGGCGCUUGCCGUAAUCAUUAUCCUGUUGUUCAUUCUUUGUGUCAUCUUUAUCGUAUUAUUUGCAAUGAAGAAAACCAAAACUCAGGAAGAAAAAGGGCAUGAAGAAUCGGUCCAAAAGACUUGUGCCUCAAAAGAAUGCUUGUUCGCUGCUGUUGACAUGUUAAAGCAGCUUAACCAGACUGUUGACCCAUGCGAGGAUUUUUACGAAUAUGCCUGUGGAGGUUGGGAAACUGAGAAUGCUCUGAAGCCUGGGGAGACCCACGUGACUGGAUUCGCAUUGGUCAAAGGGAAAAGUUACCAAGUCCUUAGAGAAGCACUGGCAAAUGCAGAGAAAAAUUACUCAACAAACGAAGCUGUCAUGAAGACCGUCAAGUUUUAUAACGUCUGUAUUGACAAGCCGUCGGUUGAGGCCCGAGGGGAUGGUCCGCUCAAAAAGCUGAUCGUUGAGAUGGGCGGAUGGCAUGUGACGGGUAACAUGACACCUCUUUCAUCCAUGAACAUCAUAGAAAGUAUUGGCAAAGUGUCCAGGGAACUGUUUAUAAAGCCAUUUGUCGAUGUGACAGUGUUUAUUGAUCCCCAUGAUUCAAACAAGCACAUUUUACAGUUUACACCGGGAGAGCUAGGAAUGCUUCGCUCAUACUACACAAAGAAUACUUCCGAUUCUCAAACAAUUCGGGAAGCUUACAAGACGUACAUGAAGACCAUCGCCAAAUAUCUAGGAGGAGGCCCGGACUCUGAUAACCAGAUGAUGAAAGUUUUUGACCUGGAGACCAAGAUAGCGAGUCUGGGUCAAGAUGGGGAAGACGGCUCCAUCAUAGAAACGCUAAAGAGAGACUUGCCCCCCGGAGCGAUAGUCAUGGACCUCAGAGUAACACUGGAACAGAUCAGCAAUACAACAGAGAUAGACGUUGAAGAAAUUGUUGCUCUGGUAAACGCAGUUUUUAAGAGGCAAAAGCGUACAUUCCAGAAAGACGAAAAAGUGAUUGCAUACCCCCCGGAGUAUUUCACGGAGCUUUUUUCGCUCUACAGAAACGUCGUCAAAUCAGACCCAGAGGUUCUCGUCAAUUACAUUAUGUGGCAAGUCAUCAAUAACUUCGUGAAGAUAAUGCCCCAAAAAUACAGAGAUGCCAGGGAAAUGGUCAGCGUCGCCAUCGCAGGCAACAUGACAAGAUAUCCUUGGGAGCAGUGUAUUGAUGGUAUGCAGCAGGUAUUUGGAAUGCCUCUCGGGUUGCUGUUCGUGGAUGCUUCGUUUGACGAAGGAAGCAAAGCUACAAUAACACAAAUGACAGAGCUGAUCAAAGAAGAAUUUAUCAGCGGCCUAGACUCACUGAAAUGGAUGUCUUCCGAGACAAAAAAGAACGCAAGAAUAAAGGCAAACGCAAUUGUUCAAGAUAUUGGCUACCCCGACUUUAUAAAGGAUCCUUCCAAGCUAGCUGCAAAGAUUAAAGAUCUGACAGUUGGUGAACAUCUCUUUGAGAAUACAAGGAACGUAUUAACGUUUGUAGCAGACGAAACAUACGGUUCAUUGGACAAGCCUGUGGAUAGGGACCAAUGGUACAUGGGUCCAUCUCAAGUGAAUGGCUACUACUCACCCAGGCAAAAUCGAAUCGUGUUCCUGGCGGCCAUUCUGCAACCACCUUUCUACAAUCCAAAGUACCCUAAGUAUUUUAACUAUGGUGGAAUUGGUAUGGUGAUUGGGCACGAGGUCACUCAUGGAUUCGACGGUUCAGGAAGACUAUUUGACAAGGAUGGCAAUUUAAACAACUGGUGGUCGAUUAAAUCAUUUUUGGGAUUUUUAUUACGAACAAAAUGCCUUUCGGAACAAUAUUCACAAUUUGACGUUUUUGGGAAGAAGGUCGACGGCAACCAGACGCUGAACGAAAACAUAGCCGACAAUGGCGGAAUCAAAUUGGCUUUUAAUGCUUACAAAUCGUUGGUCGCGAAAGAAGGCACUGAGGGAGCCCUCCCUGGGCUUGGUUUAACAGAAGAACAAUUAUUUUUCAUCGGUUUUGCUCAGCCAUGGUGUAGUAUUUACAAGAAAAAGGCAGCCCUUCUCCAGCUUGAGACAGACUCACAUACCUUCCCCAAGUACAGGAUCCUUGGUCCUCUUCACAACUACGAUAAAUUCGCAGAGGCAUUCAAGUGUAAACCAGGAUCUCCUAUGAAUCCUGCAAAAAAGUGUUCUCUUUGGUGAUUCAAAGUCUCAAGAUAGCACUUAGCAUUUAUCAUGAGAAGACUUUCUUCCUUAGUCCAAAGAUAAGGAUUAUUGGACAAAGAGUAAAGCUCUGUCAGUGGCCAGUCAGUGUAAUCCUCCAACUACUUCCUUAAUGAUAGAUCCACGAGAUGUUUUGAAGUUUCUUACAGGUUGUAAUUUUUUUUCGUAAGUCAGAUUCAGUUAAUAGAUAUAGUUUUAUAAUUUUGGAAGUUAUUUCUAUUCUGCACGAAAUAGUUUUCUCAUUAAGUACGUUCAUUUGUAUUUAAGCAAGUAAAAUAUAGGUUGUUUUAAAAAAAUUUGAAUUUGAUUAAAAAAAACUGUUGCGUU